AAGGCUUAAAAUCUCUCAUUUUCUGUGUAAUGAAUGUAGAAUAUAUUUAAUUUUCACUCUGAGCAAUGCUUGAUUAAAAAUAUUAAACUUUUUCUAAUUAUAGGAAAUGCAUCUGUAAAUGAAUUUUAAAAAAUAAGAAAAAAGAAAAAUUAAGAACAAAAUUACGCUAAAAAAAAUAAAUCAGAGCUGCUCAAUCUGUUAUGGAAGCUGAAUGAAAUUAUCGGUUUUAGUUUUAUUAUUUCCACAGAAAUAUAGAAAAUAAUCGUGUGUUUGGUCAGAAAAAAAGACAAAGAAGGAGACAAUGAAGAGAUGACAAUGAAUUAGAAGACGACGACGACGACAAAGACAACGAAGACAACGAUGACGGCAAAGACGACGACGAAGACGGCGACGGUGAAGACGAUGACGAAGACGACGACAAAGAAGACGACGAAGAUGACGAAGACGACGACGAAGACGAUGACGAAGACGAUGACGAAGACGGCGACGGUAAAGACGACGACGAAGACGAUGACAAAGAAGACGACGAAGAUGACGACGACGACGAAGACGAUGACGACGGUGAAGACGACGAUGGCGAAGACGAAGAUGACGACGGCGAAGACGACGACAAAGACGACGACGACGGUGAAGACGACGAAGACGACGACGAAGACGACAACGACGACGAAGAAGACGACGAAGAUGACGACGACGACGACGACGACGAAGAUGACGACGAAGACGAUGACAAAGACGACGAUGACGGCGAAGACGACGAUGGCGAAGACGAAGACGGCGAAGACGACGACAAAGACGACGACGAAAACGUCGGCGAAGACGACGAAGACGACGACGACGACGAAGAUGACGACGAAGACGAUGACAAAGACGACGACGACGGUGAAGACGACGACGACGACGACGGUGAAGACGACGACGACGACGACGGUGAAGACGACGACGGCGAAGACGCGUGUUUGGUCAGAAAUUCACCCAAAAAAGUCUGCAUUUCAUCUUAAAUCACCAAAUUUUUAAACUAAUUUCUAAAAUAAUAACUAACUCUGAUUUGCCUGAUUUUUAUAAAAUAUAAAUCUGAAUAUUAAUAAAGAUAU